AUGCGCAGUCUCGUCGUCUUCCUCACAUUAUCGGCUUCCUCGGGCCCUCAAAAAAGAAAAAAAAACUAUCGGCUUCCUCGCCGACGGCCAAAUCCAAAUGGGGAGCUCAAGCACUCCGGCUACGGCGACCGAGCCUGCGCUCUCUAUCAUCUUACUCAAGCACAGCUUCCCCGCCCCCGCCCCCAUUUCUCCACAGCAAAAGAGAGCGCGUGGCAUGGCGGCGGCGGCGAAGCACGCACGAAGACAGCAACUACAAUGGCGAUGGUGCUUGAUGCAUUUGGAUCCUACCUGGGGGACUUGCUCAGGCAGGUAGCAGAAGAAGAGCUGGGAAUGCUAUUGGGUGUCUCCAGCGGGAUAGACAAGAUGGGCUAUAAGCUUCGGGACCUCAAAAACUUCCUCGCCGAUGCCGAUAGAAGGAAUAUCACCGACGAGACCGUCCAAGAGUGGGUGGGGCAGCUCAAGCGUGCCAUGUACGAAGCUACUGACAUCCUCGACCUCUGCCAGCUCAAAGCCAUGGAACGUGUAUCAUCCUCCGUAGAUGCAGGUUGUUUCAAUCCCUUGCUCUUUUGUAUGCGGAACCCCUUCCAUGCUCAUGAAAUCGGCACCCGCAUCAAGGCACUCAACCACAGGCUCGACACUAUCAAGGAGCGGAGCGCUGCUUUCGACUUCAUUAAUCUCUGGUCCUACGAGGAUCAUAGCAUCAAGGUGCAUGCCUCUCUUCAUGGUAAUCCUAGCCGUGAGACGUCAGGGGAGCUCGAUCGGUCAGGUCUGGUUGGGGAGAAAAUCGAAGAAGACACAAGAGCACUGGUGGCCCAAAUCUUCCAAACAACGAAGGAGGUCAACAACAACAUCAUGGUGUUCGCCAUUGUAGGCGUUGGCGGGAUUGGCAAGACCACCCUUGCACAAAAGGUCUUCAACGACGAGGCCAUCCAAAGUGAGUUCAGCAAAAAGAUAUGGUUGAGCGUCAAUCAAAACUUCAGUGAGUCCGAGCUGCUGAGAAGAGCCAUCAUCGAAGCCGGAGGAGACCACCACCCAACUGGAGAUGCAAAGGCCACGCUUCAGCGAACCCUCAAAGACGCCUUGAUUGACCACAAGACCUUACUUGUAAUGGAUGAUGUGUGGAACCAUGGAACAUGGGAGGGAGUGCUCAAAAUACCCUUAGUUAAUGCUGUUGCUUCAGGCAGCCGAGUCCUCAUCACCACUAGAGAUGAAGGUGUCGCCCGAGGGAUGACAGCCACACGGCCCUACCACCACAUCGACACAUUAGCGCCUGACGACGCUUGGUCAUUGCUCAAGAAGCAGGUACUCUCAAGUGAGAUAGAUGAAGACCACAUCAAUAAGCUGAAGGAUGUCGGAUUGAAAAUUAUACAAAAAUGUGGUGGUUUACCACUUGCCAUCAAAGUAAUGGGAGGGCUCCUGCGUAGAAGGGGUGAGCUACGUCAUGACUGGGAGCAUGUUUUGGAUGAUUCUAAAUGGUCAAUAACUGGAAUGCCCCAAGAGCUCAACUAUGCAUUAUACUUGAGCUAUGAAGAUAUGCCUUCUUAUUUGAAGCAGUGCUUUCUAUACUACUCUCUUCUCCCUAAAAGUAGAAAGUUUCAUGUGGAUCAAGUCAUUGCCAUGUGGAUCAGCGAAGGAUUUAUUCAUGGGAGCUCAAAUGAUUUAGAAGAAUAUGGAAGAAAUUACUACAAUGAGUUGAUAUCUAGGAACCUUAUAGAGCCAGAUAAAUCGUAUGUUGGUCAAUCUUAUUGUAGCAUGCAUGAUGUUGUUCGUUCAUUUGCUCAGUAUAUGACUAAAGAUGAAGCACUCAUAGCUCACAACGGAGACACCGAUAUUCUAACUAAACUUCAUUCACAAAAGUUUCUUCGGUUGUCUAUAGAAACCGAUCGACUGCAAUCAGGUCAACUAGACUGGAAAUCAUUACAGGAGCAGAAAUCGGUGAGGACAUUAAUCUCAACUAUUCAGAUCAAGAUGAGGCCCGGUGAUUCAUUGGUUACCUUUUCUAGUCUAAGGACUCUACAUAUAGUAUCUGCAAAUGUGGUUUCAUUGGUUGAAUCAUUGCAUCAGUUGAAGCACCUGAGGUAUUUGAAGCUAGUAACUGAUAUAUUUGUACUUCCAGUGAACAUUGGCAACAUGAAACUAUUACAAUUCCUUGACCUUCGUGGAUGUGAAAAUUUGGCAAAUCUUCCUGAUAGCAUUGUGAAGCUUGGCCAGUUGAGGUUUCUUGGCCUUGCUGACGUAUGUAUGAUACCUAGAGGGUUCCGUGGUCUGACAAGUAUGAGGAGACUACUUGGGUUUCAAGCCCACAUGGAUGGUGAUUGGUGUAGUUUGGAUGAGUUGGGGCCUCUUUCCCGACUCAGAAUAAUUGAAUUAAUUCAAUUGGAGAAUGUAUCUUUAGCUUCGUUUGCUGCUAAUGCUAGGCUUGGUGAGAAAAUGCAUCUUACCAACCUAUUCUUGUCCUGCACCAGCAGGCUGGGAGAUGAUGGGUUGGUCAAAGAGAAAGAAGGUGUCUCUGCUGAAGAGCAGAAAAGAAUCCAGAAGGUGUUCGAUGAGCUCUGCCCUCCGCCCAGUAUAGAAAAUCUUCGUAUCCCCGGGUAUUUUGGCCAGCAACUGCCGAGUUGGAUGAUGUCGAGGUCAAGGGUGCCCCUCAACAACUUGAAGUUUCUAUCAUUUUAUGACCUGGCUUGUUGUACCCAACUUCCCAGUGGGUUGUGUCAGCUCCCCUGCCUGCAGUUGCUUCAGGUCGACCGUGCUCCAUGCAUCAGACGUGUUGGAACCGGAUUCUUGCAGGCAGAGUCGACUCCAUUUCCGAGGUUAACCGAGAUGAGCUUAGAAGGAAUGGUGGAAUGGGAGGAGUGGGAGUGGGAGGAGCAUGUAGAAGCCAUGCCCCGUUUGGAGAAGCUUUGGCUCAUUAAUUGCAAACUGAGGCGUGCUCCUCCUGGCCUUGCCUCCAACACACAUGCUUUGAAGGAAUUAUUUGUAGAAGACGUCCAACACCUCAACUGCCUUGAGGGCUUUUCUUCUGUUGUUGAGCUUACAGUGUGUGGAAGCCCUGAUCUGGAGAGGAUAACCAAUCUGCCCAAUAUGCAGAAGCUCACAAUCACCGAUUGCCCAAAGUUGAAGGUGCUAGAGAGUAUCCCUGUACUUGAGAGAUUGGUCCUGGAGGAUUACGUCAUGGAAGAACUCCCAGAAUACAUGCGAUAUAUAAAGCUAAGGCAUUUGCAGCUGCUCUGCAGGAUAUGGUUGCUAUCUUCUAUAGCCGCAGGACAAUCUGGUCUUGAGUGGGACAAGUUCAGCCAUGUGGAGCAUGUCCAGGCAUAUACGCCUGACGGAGACAACCAAAGAAAAUGGUAUGUGUUAUACACGAGGGGAGACAACUUCAAGUUGGAUUCAAAUAUUAGCAGCUCCAUGAUAUUUUCAGAUAGAUUAUCAUCUUUUAUGGUGGACACAGAAGGAUUCGUGGCUGUGUACAAAAUGAGAAGAAGUACCUUCAGUCACGUCUGCAGCUUGGUGAGGAUCCCAGUUUUUGAAUAUAUGAUGCCUUGGGAUCACACCUUUAUUGAUGGGAGAGUGCUAUCUUUACAAGAUGGAGUGGCCAUUGCUUUGAGGAUGCUGAACUCCGGUGAGUCACCGGUUACUGUAGGAUCCUCCCUUGGUGUGAACGAGUCAACUGUAUUGAUGGUAACUCGGAUAUUUGUUGAGGCUUUGUGGGAGCGAGCAUACCACCAAUUCAACUAUCCUGGCUCUGCUAAAAUGGAGAAGAUCAAGCGCAAGUUUGGCAAGAUCCAUGGCCUGCAGAACUGCUGCGGUGUUGUACGUACAGCCCACAUCACAUUUGGAUCACAAAACUGUGACCAUGAGGAGAAUGACGGCUUGCUAAUGCAAGCCGUCGUUGAUCCAGAUAUGAGGUUUACAAACAUUUGGUUGGGACUGCCUGGUAGCAUGAACCAAUCAAGCCUUCUGCAUGACUCUGGACUCUUCAUGUCCUGUGAGGAGGGUACUUGGCUGAAUGGUAGCAAGUUGAAUUUAUCAGAUGGAUGGCAAGUUGGAGAAUACAUAAUUGGUGAUGCAGGAUACCCUCUUCUCCCCUGGCUCCUCACACCUUACCACCUGGAAGACAAGGACUCCUCUGCAGAUUUCCCUCCUUAUCAAGCCGAGUUCAACAGGAGACACUCUGCAGCUACAGAUGUUAUGUUGGCCGCGCUCACAAGGUUGAAAGACACUUGGAAGGUCCUAGACAGAGAGAUGUGGCGCUCGGCCAGUUCGUGUCGGCUUCCUCAAAUUAUCUAUGCAUGCUGCAUUUUGCAUAACAUUGUGAUAGACUUGGAGGAAGAGGCCGCAGAUAUGCAUAGCAAUCAGGAGAAUUACACUGAGCAAGUGCGACAGGUGGCAGAGGAGGAUGCUGCCAGGGUGAGGGAUAUACUGUCCCAGCACUUGAUCGAAUCUGGAGUCCACACAAUGGCUGCAGAGGGGAAGCAGGAAAUAGUAGCAGUUGCAUCCUGUUCAGGAAAUAAAAACAAGGAAACAAGGAGCACGCUGACGACAGACAUCAGAUCGAGAAAAGGAGAAAGUGCACGAUAUAGCUAG